AUGAAAUCAAAUCAAAAACAGAUAACGUGAUUUCAAAAAAUGAUUCAGUCCAUCACUGCUGAUCGUAUCCAACAAAUCAAUAAUUUAUUAUUGUGAUCUGAUGUAAUUUACCAAAGACAAAAAAUCUGUGAUGUGGGUGAAAGUGAUAAUUUUAAAUUUUCUUCUAGUAGGAUUUGCGCUUUCAGAUAAUGAUAGCAACUGUGAUAUAUCCGACGUAAGCUCGGAUGACUGGCAAAAUGCUGCACUAACAAAAAAUAUAUUGGAUAAUGUUAAGGUUAAUGAUAAUUUAUUUGUCAGUAAAUAUACAGGAAAAAUAGAAAACUUGGCAUCUAAGUGCCGUUGCGGAGCAGCUGAUUGUCCAAGAGACUACUUGAAGUUCUCAACAAAUAAUACGCACUUUUUUAUGACAUUUGCUGAAGGCAUGAAGAAUUUCGACGAGGACAUGAUCAAAAUUAGUUGCCUAGGAAAUGUUGUGUAUUCGAUAUCCAUGACAUGUCAAACUGAAGUCCGAAGUACCUUGAUUUUACUUCUCCAAGUCAGCGACUACAACGAACAUCCCCCGGAAAUAGCUCAUGGCAGUACCACUUUUAAAGUACCAUCUCCUCUCAUGCCUAUGGGCGACUUUAUUAUUUAUGGUGACAAAAUCUCAGCGACAGAUAAGGAUUUUAACAAUACAGCAAUCACUUUUAAAAUCUCCCCUGACGAUUUUGAUAUUAUCACUACAGAAGAUACAUCUACGAAACCAGCAAUAUUCUACCCAACAUUCAGAGCUAAACGGGUCAUGCGCUUAACAAAAGAUGGUGUGAAAUAUACCAUUACUGCCACAGAUAACGGAGAAAAUCCUGGUCCACUAACAAGUAAGCCCUUGGAUAUUUCCCUUGUGAUGGACAAGGAUACGUCACUGGAUAUUCCGAUAUUCGUAUAUCCAAAAGGAUCUUCAUCUUAUAGUUUUGAAUACAAAGACGACAAAUUAACAGUUCUGAAAGGCCCAAUAUCUGUCAAUACUGCCAAACCAAAAGAGAUAGUAGAUUCGCUUCAAUUAAGUGGAGAUUUAUCAGAACAUUUUACUGCAACAUACAAUACUGCUACAUCCGAGGUUGAACUAACAGUAAAAACUAAAGUUGAAAAUCCCACAUCUGCAUCUGUAGUAUUGACUCUGGGCUUGAAAACUGACAUCGCCGCGGCCACUCCAAUACUUAUUUAUUUCUCAGACGCACCUGUUGAUACGGGUCCGAAGUUUUCACAACACGUCUACAUCGGAAACUAUGACGAUAUCAAAAACACAAUCAGUUUAAAAGACGACAUUAAAGUCACCACCACUAGUACUGGUCAACUAACAUUUAACAUCACAGGAGAUCUGGCGGACAAAUUCGAAUUGAAGUCUGAAAAAAAUACCUAUACACUGACUGUAAAAACACCGUUGACGCCAGCUGAAAUAAAAUCCAAAGAAUUUUUAUAUUUAACUCUUGAGGCUUCUGUAGAUUCUGAAUCGGACACAUCUGGUUUAAUAAUCACUCUACCGAUACACGAUCUUGAGUUUACUAAUGUUAUGUACGCCGCAACUUACACUGAAGAUAAUACGGUGUCUGUAGACGAAACGCAGCCGAUUGAUUUCAAAACAAAAGUUUCCGAUGCUUCUGUUAGUGUGGAAGAUAAAUACUCAAAAUACUUCAACGUAACUUAUAAGAAUGAAAAAUAUAACCUUGGUGUAAAGGAAGCCCUAUCAAAAGAUAUUCUGACAUCAGAUACGGAAAUAGCAGUUAUCAUCACAGCUACAGAUAAAUAUGGCAAUGUAGCAAAUGCUGUAAUAAAAAUAGCUUUACCUAAUAUAGAUGGCCCAGAACCACCAAAAUUUAAAGAUCCAUAUUAUACAAUCCAAUAUAAGGAAGGUCAGACUGGAUUUAUAGAUUUUGAUAAUGCUGUGUCUUUCGACAAAACCGUUGACGACAUGACUAAAGUUUCUAUUUUAUUAAGCGCUUAUAAGGAAAACUUUGAAAUUGUUUAUCGAUCGAACAAAUGGAAAAUGAACGUAAAAAAGGCUUUAAGUUCAGAUAUUUUUAACAAAAUGUCAGAAAUUGUUACUACAAUGGAAGCUAAAGAAAAAGGAGUAUCAGGAAAAGGUGUGGGUGUUUUAGUAAUUGAACUAGUUAGUUCUAAUACUGACAAUGCACCCAAAUUUAACAAUCCAUAUUAUAUUGUCCAAUACAAAAAAGAUCGAACAGGCCUUAUUGAUUUCAAUCCAGCUGUGGCCUUUAAAAACUAUAAUGAUUUUUCUAAAAUGUCGAUUAAUCUAACUACGUAUUCGGACAACUUUGAAGUGGUAUUAGAUUCAAAUGCGUGGAGGAUAAAAAUAAAGAAGCCUUUAGAUGCAGAUACUUAUGCAAGAACUAGUGAAAUUGUCACUACUAUAGAAGCUACAGAAGCUGAAACAGCAGAAAAAGGGAUAGCUGUUUUAGUAAUAGAACUUAUAGAUGAUUCUAGUUCUGAUAUCCCAGAAUUUGUUGAACCAUUUUAUAUCGUACAGUACAAAAAAGACCAAACUGGCUACAUUGAUUUCAAUCCAGCUAUAGCUUUUAAAAACGUAAAAGAUAUGCCUAAAAUGUCUAUAAAAUUAGCUAACUAUACAGACAACUUUCAAGUAGUGUACAAAUCCGAUAGAUGGCAACUGAAAAUUUUAACUCCUCUCUCCGACAAAGAUUUUCCUGACAAUUCAGAAUUGAUCACUACCAUGGAGGCUACAGAAAAGAAUGUUAUUGGAAGUGGUAGCACCGUACUAGUAAUCCGUUUGAUUAAAUCGGAAAUUAAAGUACCAAAAUUCAAAGAGGUCUAUUAUACCGCCGAUUAUCCGAAGACUGGUUCAGGAAGUUUCGUUUUUGCCAAUGAUUUGACUUUUGAACAUGUAGAUAAUUUGGAUAAAGUAAAUAUAACAGUAGACGAGUAUGCCACCAAUUUUAAAAUAGAAUACAGUGCGUCGAAGAAAUUGUGGCAAAUCACAAUCUUAAAUCCUCUAGAUCCUAAUCUCUUAGAUUUGAAUUCUUAUAUAACUGCCACAUUAAUCGCAAAAAUAGAUGGCAGCACUUACAGUCCAGAGGCAGCUUUCGUAUUGAGUCUUCCAGAGAAAGAAGUAGAAGAGGCGCCUGUAUUUACACAAUCCUAUUAUAAGGCAAAAUAUGCAAUAACUGGCACUACAUCUGUGGUGACUUUUGAUGAUGACAUUGGGUUUACUAAUAAAAAAGAUAUGAGUAAAAUAAAAAUUGUAUCAGAUGAAUUUGCAAGUUACUUCACCUUCAAAUAUGAUACCAAAAACUGGCUAUUAAUCUCAGAUGGUGUACUAGAGGCUAAUCUGCUAAAUAGAACUGAUUUGGUUGUAGCUGUAACAGCUACAGAUAGCUCAAACAAACUAGAAGGGCAUUCUGUCAUCGAUCUCAAACUGCCGUCCGUUAAUACUGCAGAUGCACCUAAAUUUUCGAAAACGUAUUACACAGGGCGUUACGAAAUCACCGGUGACAAAUCAAUAGUGACUUUGGAUGAAAAUAUCGAUUUUUUGAAUAAAGUUGAUGUCACCGAUAUUAAAAUUACCACCGAUAAAUACCACGACAACUUUAACUUUUCAUAUUCCGACGGAAAAUGGUCAGUCGAUGUAACUAAACAAUUAGAUCAAUCGACAUUAAACUCCAAAAUAGAUAUUGUGAUGGCUCUCAUAGCAACGGAAAAUUCAAAAACGGACGAAAUCGGCCAAUCUGCUCUUCUUCUAACCCUUCCCACGAUCAACGAUGAUGGUGCACCGAAAUUUUCAAAAAUUUCCUACGAAUCCACCUGCAAUACCAAAACCACAAUUUUAAUUGAGGAUAUUCAAAUUGUAGGCAAAACUGAUCUUAGUAAAAUAACUGUAUUCUUCCUAGAAGACCAAUACAAAACCAAUUUUAAAAUCGAUUUUAACAGCACCUCGAAAUCUUGGUACGUUACUGUCAACUCUAUACCUGAUAGCUUAACUGGAAGCAAAAAUGAUUUAGUCUUAACUCUAGUCGCUACCGAAGCUGAAAAAAUAGGACAAGCUGCGUUAGUUAUCAAUUUUCCUAUACUAUCGACACCAGAAUUUUCUAAAGACCAGUAUUAUGGUCAUUAUACACUUGGUGAUAGUCCGUAUUUAGAAAUUGAAGAUUUUAGUAUUGUUAAUAAGGAUAAUCAGAAUGAUAUAAAGCUAAGUUUUAGUUCAACGGAUGGUGAUUUUUCUAAAAACUUUAAUGUGACGUACAACAAGAAGACGAAUGUGUGGACAAUGUCGUUAAAAACACCCAUUGACGAUAAGAAAUUAAUAAAUAAAAACACAAUUAUCCUAAGCCUGACUGCUACAGAAGAAGAGAACGAUAAUUUAGGAAAAUCUACUUUAAUCAUUUAUUUAACAAAUAAUAAUGAAGGAACUGAUGUUAAAUUCACGGAAGUUCAUUAUACGGGGUCAUACGAAAGCAAUGUAGAUACAGCUGUAGUAAAAUUAGAUAAAAACAUUCAAAUUACGUCUGACAAAGAUAUUUCUACAGCCGUAGUGAAAAUAGAAAGCACCGAAGACUUUGAUGCCCCAAAAUACUUCAAUCUAACCAAAAAUUCCGAUUAUUACGAAGUCAAAGUUGUGCAACCUUUGUCGCAGGAAAUAAUACAAAAACAGAAGAGUUUGGUGAUGACCUUAGAAGCUGACUUAGAUGAUAACAAGAACUAUGCUACUUUGGUUGUCGAGCUGCCGCUUCAAGAGCCUGCUAAAUCUGUUAAAUUUGAGAAACCGCUCUAUAAUGGUGAAUAUAAGGUUGCUGCUGAUGGUAAAGUUGCAUUUACUGUUGACAGUGCAGUUAUAGUGAGCGAUGCUAAAAUUAAGGUUUCUAUAUCUGAAGAUUCAAUGUAUGGGAAAUAUUUUGACCUAAAAAUAAGCAAAACUAGCGUAGAGCUAGUUACAAAAGUUGCUCUUCCUAAAGAAAUAUAUACUAAGGAAACUGUAAUGCCAAUAGUUCUCGUAGCUUCAAUAAUAGACAGUACGAUUAAAGCAUCAACUGUUGUAGAUAUCAAAAUCAACUAUGAGAGUUACCUCGGAACUGUACAGUUUGACAACCUCUUGUACAAUGGCAAAUAUGAAACAAAGAAACAGGUCGUUACUAUUACAAUAGAUCCGAUAAAGUUAAGCACAGAUAAGCCAGACGAAAUUGAUGUUGCUGUAACUAAUGCUUAUCAUACGUAUUUCGAAGCAAAAUAUAGCAGUACUACCUCAGAAGUGACAAUAACCAAAAUCCUAAAUAUUCCUGAUGAUAUUCUAAAGGAUAUAUCUACUGUAUCAAUUUUGUUAAGUGCGUCUAUCAAAAAAACAAAAGUCACUAGUAAUAGUGUGGUAAAUUUGAGAAUUAUAAAUGAUGACACUCCAGAUCCAGAUGUAACAGGUACAAUCGCAUUUGAUGCAGUUUCAAAUACAGCAGAAUAUUAUAUAGAAAAUAAUAAAGGUAAUUUAAAGAAUGAUAAAGCCAUUGGAAUAACUACAGAUAGAAGUGCCGAAGAAAUAGAAACAAAUAUAACAGAUGAUUCGGGACUAAGCACCUACUUCAGUUCUUCAUACAGUGGUCAAAAGUUUUCAGUAAAAUUAGUUAAGGACUUGCCGGAAAAUGUAUUUUUGUCAAAUUCGUUUAUUUUGCUCACAUUGACGGCUACCAUUAAGAGCACCGGCCAAAAAGCAAGUGCAGUAUUGACGAUCAGAAUUGACAAUAAUAAAGAUGCCGAUACAGGACACAUAUCCUUCAAGUCAAUAGUUUACAACGGUGUAUACGAGAUAGACAAAGAUGUAGCUUCAAUAGUCGACAUUGACAAAAUUGAGGUUGAUACAGAUGCAGAAGAUACGAACGUAACCUUGACUAUACUAAACGAUAUAAAUAAGUUCUUUAAGGCUAGCUAUUUCAACAAAGUGGUUACUCUAAGCCUUACCACUACAGCAGCAAGUACUGUUUUACGUUCCCAGAACAACAUAGCUGUUGUUUUACAGGCAAAGAUCAAAAGCACGUUGAUUACCACCGAAACUGUCGUUAACUUGAAAGUAAAAGAUAACGAUAAUAAUCCAGAUCCUGAUAAUAGCAAAAUAGAUUUUCUAAAAUUAAUCUACAAUGCUGAAUACAAACUGAAUAAAGAUCAUUCUGUGAAGUUCACAGUAGACGAUAUUACUCUAGAAACAGGUAGAACUGAAAAUGAAAUUGACGUUACAAUUGAAAAUGAUUUGGGUUAUGAGAAAUACUUUACAGUGUUAUACGCCCAUAACCAUGUUACAAUAACGUUGAAAGAAAACUUGCCAGAGAAUUUAUUUGACGAUGAGUAUACAUUAACAUUGGCUGUAAAAGCUAAAGUCAAAAAGGCAGAGUCGAUCUCCAGUCAGGCUGUUUUGAACAUCAAAUUAACGGAUGAAAGUAGAACUGGAAUAAUUGGAACCAGCAGUAACAAUAAACCAUAUAUUAUAGCCGUCUCCUUUUUAUCAGUAUUUAUUUUGCUGCUAAUACUCGCAGCUAUUCUUUUCUACUACUUCAGAUUACGUAAGUCAAAUUACGAAAAAAUGUCUGAAGAAGACUAUAUCAAUAGAAAUAGUAAAGUUAGGUUUGAGAAGAUGCCUUCAAGACAAUCUGGAGAUACGUUGAAGCAUUCUUCGGCGAUUGAGCAAAGACGUCCCACAGGGUUCAUUUUUAAACACAGUGAGACUGAAGAAAACGAACCCCGAGAAUCGUAUACGGAAUCUGAGGAACCGAACAGAGACAGGAAGAAGUCAGUGGCGUUCGACGACAACAUAGAAAAAUUGCAAAUCGAACCGAAUGUCGAUGACGAUCUUGAAAAGGCAACGAAAGACGUGGAAGAGUGAUAGAAAAGUGGUAGGAAAUAUAUGAAAACAGACUGCUUUUUAACGAGUAUUUUUGAGAUUGAAAAAAUGAACAAUUAUUGUUGAUUUUUUAUUAUAUUCUGUUUUUUUAUCGAAGUUGUAGGUUAAGAUUAGGCUGUAAUUUAAUAAAAUAUAAAUAAAUCCGAUUUUUUAA